AAGAAAGUAUAAACUUAAGUUUUAAAAUUUAAUACCCUCAUCGUCAUGCUGAAAUCGAAAUUAUCAAUAUUGCAAGCAUGUUUCGUACAUUGAUCUCGCAAAAAUUACACCUCGGACGAGCACAACCUUUCUUGGGAGAUGGUCUACGGUGUAGGGGACCAUCAAUAUCAAGAAUAAUAAAUCGAAUCGAUCUUCACGUCGAGGAUUCAAGGGUGAAGAGAUUAUUGCAUACGACAGCUUCUCAAUCUAGCUCAUCAACAUCGUCAAUAUCGAUCAAAAGGGAGGCUAAGAGCGAAGGUGACUCAAAUAAAAGCACUUUCUCAAGAAAGAUACCAAAACAGACGCUUGUUGUGGCCGGGUUUGGAUUGGCAGCUUUGACAUACACUACACUUUCUAAUGGAAGUGAAGAAGUUGAAAAUGAUAAUCAACUACGAAACAAAACUUGGGGUGAAUUGAUAUCGCUCUAUCUCACUUAUCGAUUAUGCACAGUCACUUAUCUUGUCAAACAUGGUCCAGAAAUGCUCGACCUUCUCAAAUCGCUUGGCUUGGGUGGUCUUGGAAAUUUUAUGGUCAGCAGUACGUUCUUUGCCACUUUUUGCGGAGGAGGAGAUGUGAAUGGCAUGAUCUCUACCGGAAAACAGUUGCAACAACAAGGACUAGGAACAAUUGUUGAUUAUGCAGAAGAGGAGAUCGAAUUCAAUGUAAACACAGAUAUGGAACAACAAAGACGCGCAGUCAUGACAAGAUUCACGGAAAGUAUCCUUGCCGCUUCGCAAAUUGCAGCGGGCUCAUUCGUUGCUUUACGUAUGACAACGUUUUGUCCGCAUCAUGUGCUAAAGAACUUAACACAAGCAUGUCUUUCAGUUAAAAUAAAUCAUGAACAAACGUGUAUGGAGGAUGAGCACUUCUUACAGGAACAUUUGUCACCGUGGGAAAUCGAAGCAGUUCAUCAAGCUAUCGAUUGUCUUGGUCAAUUGGUUCGAGUGGCAUCCAAGAGCGGAGUUCAUAUCAUGCUUGAUGCUGAAACAUGGGAAACACAAGUCGCGAUCGAUCACAUGUUCUUACAAGUAUUACGUGAAACAUCAAAAGAUGCUCAAAGUCGCUCCUCUCGCCCAACAAUCUUUCAAACAUUUCAAGCAUACACCAAAUCAUGUCCAGAACGGCUAGAGCAAGCUAUCCGAUUCUCCGAGGCAAAUGAUUGUCCUCUUGGAGUGAAGUUGGUCCGUGGUGCGUACGUUGAGGCAGAAACAAAGCGGGCAGUAGAUUCCGGCUUAUCCUCACCUUUAUGGUCUAGCAAAGAGGAAACGGAUCGAUGCUAUAAUCAUGCAAUCGUUUCGUUUAUAGAAAGAAUGAGAACAAACAUUAUUUCUCAAAGUUCCAACGCUGGACCCGUUUCGAUCAUGUUGGCGACACACAACGAACAAAGCGCAAUGCUAGGACUACAGGAACGAGCAUUUUUAGCGAGAGAAGAUCGGAAGCGAGUAUUCUUUGCGCAAUUGUAUGGGAUGGGUCGUGAAUUAAGUCAAAAAGUUGCGCAAAAGGCGUCAUCAGGCGAGGAAGAAGAUGACACUGCUCCUGACGUAUACAAGUACGUUCCUUAUGGACCAUUGGAUGUCGUCAUGAAUUAUCUACAAAGAAGGGCCACGGAAAAUCUAGGAAUGCGUUCUCUGGCUGUGCAUGAAUAUCUUGCUGCUGGACGAGAAAUGCGAAGGAGGGUGCUGGGCUAAUGCUGUGUGUUUUGUAUGAUCAUGCUCUGUCUAUAUUCAGCUUUCUCAUUGCUUUCUAUCAUGCUGUACAUUACCAAUCUUGACAAUUAUCCACUUUGCUGUG